GAGCCCCGCCUCUCUGCCUCCCAGCCCUGGACAUGAGUCAGCACACACAGCCCAGGAGCUCGGCUCAAAGAGAAACGAAGGGAACUGCCUGGGUUCCCAUGGCUAUGGCUAGCACCUUCAUACCAGGGCUGAACCCUCAGAACCCUCAUUAUAUCCCAGGGUAAGACUUCUACCCAGAGUAAAAGGGUGCAGAGUUGUGCCACCUCGGCCUUGGGGGCCAAGUGGACAUUCUGGUAUGGGAGGCUUACAGCUGGGAUGUCUAUGAUGUUGAAUGGAAAAGGAAAAGCAAGGGAAUAGUAGUAGCCGGGCCUGCUACGAAGCUUUGUGUUGUGCUCUCCAUGGUAACAGGGUAACAGCAGAGGGGAAGGGUUGAAAACCCAGACAGAGAACUAAGAAACGCCUGCUCAAAAUAUAUACACAGCUGAGUCCAGAAGAGAUCAGGGCUUCAGAGGUCUCUGCUUCUGCCUCUGGGGAUGGUGAGGCCGGGGGAUUCUGGAGGUGAGUGGGUGAGACUUGUGCUACAGGUACACUGGACACUGCCCGCUACUUCGGUUCAGCAUGGGCCAGACCUAUGGGCAGAUGACUGGGCAGCUACUUCGCAGCUCUCCUGGCCUAGCCUGGCCCCCUGCCCACCGCACACUUCUGCCUCCCAUCCGGCCUCCAAGAUCUCCCGAGGCUCCCAGGAAAAGCCUGCCUGUCAGGCGUGGACACGAAAGGCUCAGCUCCAGCAUGAUCCCUGGGUACACAGGUUUUGUACCCCAGGCACAGUUCAUCUUUGCCAAGAACAGAAGCCAGGUCUGGGCGGAGGCUCUGAAUGAUUUCACUCAGUGGUAUGGGGGACAGAGGAGUCAGGAGCUGUCAAAGGAGGCCGAGGGAGAAAAAGACGUGGAGAAAGACCAAGAGCCAAAGCUGGAGGCAGAGCUGGAGAUGGAAAAGGAGCCAGAGCUGGGGCAGGAGGCGGAACAAAAGGCUUCCCCUUACUCCAUGGAUGACAGAGAUCCUCGCAAGUUCUUCAUGUCAGGCUUCACUGGUUAUGUGCCCCGUGCUCGCUUCCUCUUCGGUUCCAGCUUUCCUGUGCUCAGCAACCAGGCACUGCAGGAAUUUGGACAGAUGAAGUCAGGGGGCAGAUCCCAGAAAGAUCCUAAACAUCUCCCCUCACUUUCCAGGACCUACCCUCAGAACCUGGGCCUUUUACCUAAAUAUGGGGGCUAUGUGCCAGGUGAGGACAGCCCCCAGAGGGAGGCUUUGGGGACUGGAAUAUUUGUGUGUGUGUGUUUGUGUGUGUGUGUGUGUGUGUGUGAGAUAGGUGGAGGUGGUUUAGGGCUUGGAACUAGUAGAUAUGGGGGACCUUGGGUCAGCUUUAUCACUGGGCAGAAAACGAAACUGAUGUAGCUCCUAGUGAGUAGUUAGGACCAGAUUUUGAAGGAUAACUUGGAGGUUCUAGGUAACUGGCUGAGAAAUAACUUUUCUAUGCCUCUGGCUACAAAUGACA